AUGCGCGCCCUCAACACCGCAACCACGUCCAAAGCCAUCGCCAAGUUCAACCCAAACACAAAAUUGUCGCAACGCAACCAGCAGCAACAGGCCUCUUCCCAGCCCGAACACCAGCACCAGCGCCCAUCCGACGCUGCCGCACUCGCCCACGCCCGCGCCCACGCCCAUGGGCCCCUCUACGCAUUGAACGGCAAAUCGACCUUGACCACGCCUGCGCCUGCGCCCGCGGCCAGGCCCCGCCCGUCAUCUCGUCAAUCCGCCCUCUCCUCCUUUUCCUCGUCCUCGCGGCAGUCCUCGGCCACUCACAGCAAUAAUAACAACAACCGCAACGCCAAGGCGGCAGUAAAGCGAUUGCCUUCGUCCGACGCCCUCGCCCGCCAGACAUCCAGGCCGACCAUUAUUACCACCGAGGCCACGCCCGCUGCCACCACCACCACCACCACCAGACCGCCAAGCCGCAUCAAUUCCAAACAACCCACGGCAACCUCGAGGUCGCCCUCUGCCGCCAGCACCACCACGGCCACCGCCAGGUCCCCCCGUGCAUCGUCGUCCUCGCUGCAGACGGCGAGAUCCCCCCUUGACUCCCGCGAUCAAAAUGCCAGCCUGACGCCAGCGUCCGCCUCGUCAAUGUCGAAAAACGUCCGAGUCACGAUGCCCUACGACAGCAGGUCGCCCAACCCCAAUGGCGCCCGACCCCAGCUGCCCACCCUCAGCGCCGGCGCCGCCCGGGGUAUGAGCAGAACUCCCAUCACCCCCAAGAUCGCCGCCAAACCCACCCAGGUCCCGACUCUGGCCGCCAACACGCACACACCGCUCCCCAGGCGCACGCAGCGGCCAACCACAGCAAACUCGGCCGCCAGUGCCCCAUCCAGAGGUGCCACAACCCCCCACCCAGAAGACGAGCUCCCAUCCUUUCUCAGCAAUAUUACGCCGCGUUCUGGCACCAGGCAGAGCCGUGUUGACAGCAGAGAAGGCACGCCCAACGGCACCCCGAACCCGGACCGCCACGAUGCUUGGGACAGGGAGUCGAGGCCUUCCCUCGGCCAUUCGAGUGUCUCCCCUGCGCCCAACGACAUCGAUCCACCCCGGAGACCGGCCGUAACCUUCAGCUCCAUACCGUCCGACUUGACUCGGCAGCCGAGGCAGGAUGAAAUCGACUCCAAGUUCUUCCAUGCCAGCGAUGCCCGGCCCAGCCAGCAUCAUCCCCACCCUCCCCCCAAGCCAACAUUGGCCAAGGCUCCCAGCUUCUUCUACGCCAGCGGUGGCCCCCUCGAGAACAGAGCAAAUGGACAAGCUCCGCCCACGUCAGCACCGACAUCGCACAACUCGUCCCAGGAUAAUGUGUCAAGCAAGUUCAUCUACGCAAACGGCACCCCGGAUCUGCGCCCUAGCCCGCCUAUAGCUCCUUCUCGCCCGGCUUCGAUCGUGUCCACCUCCUCAAAAGCGCCCACAAACCGGCCAGUAACCGGCGCCCAUCCGAAUGGGUACGGAGCCGCCCAGAGACCAUUAUCGCCCGUGAAACUCGUCCAGCAACAUCAGUCUGGUCAGCCGAGGAGCAUCAACGUGCCCCCAUUAGCUGCCAAUCGGCCUCAGGCUACUGCAACGCCGCAGCUUGGCCCACCUGUCGGGCUGCGUCGUACCAGCACCGGAACGUCCCUGAGUGCUCACUCCAGGAAUGGAAGCUUGACCACAAGUGAAGCUGAGCUGUACAAGGCGGGUCUGGUACCGUCGGGUCCUUCAUCGCCACUAGCAUCUCCGCUGCAGCCUCCUUUUACUUUGGCGUCCAUCAUUCAGGCUGCUGAGGACUUUGCGGAUGAUGAGAGCGUUGCUUCGCCCGACGAGUCGCACUCCGAGGUCCAGAGCCCGACCAAGUCAACAAACUCCCUAGAUCCUGUGAGCGAGCUGGUGGCCAAUGCCCGACGGGAACGUAAAGUCCAGGAUCUCCAAAUCACGAAUGCAUCGCUGGAGGCCAUCAACCGGACUUUGGAGCGUCAGCUUCGGAAACAGACAGCAGAGCUCCGACGAUACAGGAGGCUAUCGCGCUCCGGACGGCUGUCCAUGGCCUCGGCCGCAUCGAGUCGGCUGGUGUCGAAUCCUCUCUCUGCCGCAGAAGGCACUGAAGGCCUGGCCCUGUCAGAUCUCGACGAGGAAGAUUCAGAGGAAGAGGACCUUGAGGAUGACUCGUUCACCGACACCGACUCGGCCUCAGAGUCUCUGAGCCCCAGUCUGAUGGCGGAACGCGAUGCAAAGUACAGGAAGAAGGAUGAGAAGCGUCUUCAGUUGGACCUGUCGAAGCACCAGGAGCUGCUCAUCGACUCUCAGAAAAUCAACCAGAGCAUCAAACGUUGUCUAGACUGGACGGAAGAACUGAUCAAGGAUGGGAAGAAGGCGUUGGAAUACAGUGUGCGUGUCAGUGACGUUGAUAUACCAGGGCCGAGAGUUCUGAACCCGGUCGACGAGGAGGAAGAGCGUACGCAGAACAGCAUCAACUUCGAUCCAGACGCUACAAUCAAUGACACAUCGACAUUGGGUGAAGAGCAAGACGACGAGCAAGAGAACGAAGGAGAGAGGGCAGUACCUCUAGAACCGAAGUUGGCGGGCUGGAAACCUGAUCCACCUAUACUGGAUACGGAUAUAAGGCUACCGUCCGAUGGAGGUUGA